AUGCUUCCAGCACAAAGACAGUGCAGGACGUCCGCCUGCCAAGGCAGGGGCAUUAUAAGCAAGAGGACUAUCCGUGCUGACUUUAAAGUCCAUGCGUCAGUAUCACAGCAGCCUUCUUCAGACAAGCCUGAGCAACAGGCUGUACCGUCUAUCGUCGAGGACCCUGAAGCGAAGUUUCGGCGUUAUGGCAAGCAUUUCGGUGGUAUCCAUAAGCUAAAUCUGGAUUGGCUGGAGGCAGUUCCGCGUGUGCGUGUUCGGACCAAAGAUUCACGGCAGCUCGACGAGCUGUUGGAGCUGGCAGUGCUCAAUGAGCGCCUUGCGGGACGCUUGGAGCCUUGGCAGGCACGCCAGAAGCUUGAGUAUCUGCGUAAGCGCCGGAAGAACUGGGAGCGCAUCUUUGAGUACGUCACUAAGCAGGACGCUGCUGCCACGCUAGCCAUGAUCGAGGAGGCCAACCGAAAGGUGGAGGAAGCCUUGUCGGAAGAGGCACGCGAGCGAACAGCAGUGGGAGAUUUGCGGGAGCAGCUUCAAGUCCUGCAACGCCAGGUGCAGGAGGCGCAGGAGCGGCUUCAGCUCACGCAAGCACGUGUGGAGCAGAACCUGAACCGCGUGAAUGAGCUGAAGGCAGAGGCGGUCGGCCUGGAGCGGAUGCGAAACGGAAGGAUGGGUGGCGAUCGCAAGAAGGAGCUCCAGGUGGCGGCGCCAGUCGCUGUCACUGCCGCGGCGUCGGCGGCACGUCCUGCUGUUUCUGCUACGGCAGUGGCGGAAUCAGUCCCCGCGGCCAUCGUGACAGUGGAGCCCCCUACCAGGAGCUAUACCCCCAAUGGCUCGUCCGAUGGCACGUCGGUUGUCGCCCCACCAGGUCGUCGCAGCAAGGUAGCCAUCCGACGGGGUCGCGGUCUGGAGAGCAGCUUGGACUUCGAGCCAGGCCUUCGCAACUUUUGGUACCCUGCGGAGUUUUCAGCGAAGCUGGGUCAGGACACGCUGGUUCCCUUCGAGCUGUUUGGGGAGCCCUGGGUCCUGUUCCGCGACGAGAAGGGGCAGCCCGCUUGCAUCAAGGACGAAUGCGCACAUCGGGCCUGCCCGUUGUCGCUUGGAAAGGUGGUAGAGGGGCAGGUUGUGUGCGCGUACCACGGCUGGGAGUUCAACGGCGAUGGCCACUGCACCAAGAUGCCCUCCACGCCGCAUUGCCGCAACGUGGGGGUAUCGGCGCUGCCCUGCGCUGAGAAGGAUGGCUUCAUCUGGGUGUGGCCUGGAGACGGACUCCCGGCGCAGACGCUCCCCGACUUCGCACGCCCACCGGAGGGCUUUCAAGUGCACGCUGAGAUUAUGGUGGACGUGCCGGUGGAGCAUGGCCUGCUCAUGGAGAACCUUUUGGAUCUGGCGCAUGCGCCAUUCACCCACACCACAACUUUUGCGCGCGGCUGGCCCGUGCCUGACUUCGUCAAGUUCCACACCAACAAAUUACUAUCGGGAUACUGGGACCCCUACCCCAUCGACAUGGCUUUCCAGCCGCCUUGCAUGGUUCUGUCCACGAUUGGCUUGGCGCAACCUGGCAAGAUUAUGCGCGGCGUGACGGCAUCGCAAUGCAAGAACCAUCUGCACCAGCUCCAUGUGUGCAUGCCGUCGAAGAAGGGCCACACGCGGCUGCUGUACCGCAUGAGCCUAGACUUCCUGCCGUGGAUGCGCUACGUGCCGUUUAUUGACAAGGUCUGGAAGAAUGUUGCGGGCCAGGUGUUGGGCGAGGACCUGGUGCUGGUGCUGGGGCAACAGGAUCGUUUGCUGCGCGGCGGGAACACCUGGUCGAACCCGGCGCCGUACGACAAGCUGGCGGUACGAUACCGCCGCUGGCGCAACUCGGUCAGUCCCGAUGGCGCUGGCCUUGACGGCCCGGCGCCACUGAACCCAGUGGCGAUGAGCGCCGGGGAGAUGUUUUCAAUUGAUGAAGAUGAGCAGGAUCCGCGGAUGCAGUGA